UCGUAGAAUCUGCCAGUUUAACUCGAGCCGUCAGCAAGAGCGCACGCCUUUCAGUACACCAGUAACUUUUCGUAAGUUCGCAAUGAGUUUAUUGUGCGUUUUUGUGGUGCUGGCUCUCGCCGGGGCCACGUCCGCGGGGCAGGACGUCAAGGAGCUGAAGGUGGAGGUGGUGAGCGUUCCCGAGGGCUGCACCGUCAAGUCGAAGCAAUCUGACAUGCUGACCAUGCACUACACCGGCACGCUGGACGACGGACACAAGUUCGACUCGAGUUACGACCGCGACCAACCUUUCACCUUCCAAAUCGGCGUGGGGCAAGUCAUCAAGGGAUGGGACCAGGGACUGCUCGACAUGUGUGUCGGCGAGAAGCGUAAGCUGACGAUCCCAUCCUCCCUGGGUUACGGUGAGCGCGGGGCCGGCAACGUUAUCCCCCCCCACGCCACCCUCCACUUCGAUGUGGAACUCAUCAACAUCGGUGACUCAGCCCCCACCACCAAUGUCUUCAAAGAGAUUGACGCCGACAAAGACAACAUGCUAUCGCGCGAAGAAGUGAGUAUUGACUUAGCGUUCAAAGCCAUGGAUGCUGACGCAGACGGGGAGUUGUCCAGGGAAGAGGUCAGCGAGUACUUGAAGAAGCAAAUGGUGCCCCCAGAAGGCGGAGAAGUCUCUGAGGACAUCAAGCAGAUGCUGGACAGCCACGACAAGCUGGUGGAGGAGAUCUUCCAGCACGAGGACAAGGACAAGAACGGCUUCAUCAGCCAUGAGGAGUUCUCCGGGCCCAAACACGAUGAGCUCUAAAAUACGAGCUCCGUAGCCCCAUGUGAACGCCUUUUCCAAUUCCUGCUGAAGCGUUUCCCUAAACGCAACAUUUCCGUCACUGUCCUUGUCGUAGCUUGCUACGUCAUCUGUAGAGUGUUCCACUUCAAUGUCUUCAUCGUGGGCAUCCCUUUCCUAUUGGGCUACACCUUCGUCCUUCUCACUCGGCGUCGGUAAUUCUUCAAGCGUUCAAGGGGUUACACGGGGUGUUGUGUACAACGAGCAGUUGCAAGUGUAUUUAUCAAUAGAAUAAUUCAAUUAUCGGUGUUACGUUCUUUGGAAUUCGCAUGCUCCCAAUAGGACAGUAGUGAGUCGAGGUCGUCAGUACCGCCUCGCAUAUGUUUAUCUUUAGAGUCAGUAAGAACCAUAAGGAUAUAAUCAAGCAUUUAAAUCUUGGUAGCAACUUCUGGAACUGUCUACUCUCAACACUGUACUUACUUUAUACCUACUUCGUUUGGCGAGGCUAUGUACUUAUAUUUAUAUACUAACAACUUUACAUUACAUUGUAUGACAUUGUUUGAUAUGGUUGGUUUACAACUGUCUGUCAAUUAGUCUUUGGUAAGCGGCAGAUUUUUGGUUUUAAAAUUUGUAAAUCAUUUUGUUAUUUCUUUUAUAUUUUUACCGAGUUUACGUUUGUUACUGCUGCGUUGUAAUAGGUUUAUGUACUUCAUAGUUAUAGUUAAUUGUUAUAAAUAUUACUUUUAAUUUUAAUUAUACAUGGAACUGAUUACGUUGCAUAAUAUUUUUGAUUUAAUACUUUAUAUCCGAAUGUUUUUAAGCAAAAAUCUAGUAUAAUUUCAUAGAUAUGGUGUGAUAAUUUCGAAGCAUUUUACAUUAUAAUAGUAGUUAAAAUUCCUGACUGCAUAUAUUUCUAUUUUGCUUUUUUUUGUUUUGGGACCAAUAUACUUGACACAUGUAAAAAAUAUAUUUAAUUUGUACUUAUUUAGCACUUGUUUUAUAUCCAGUGAUAAAUACGACAAUUCAUUAAUUUAAGCUAUAUUUUGUUACAGUUGGUUCUGUAUUUGUUACCUUAUUCUUGUUCCAUGAGCAAUUAUUUAUAAAUUUAAUGUUUCAAUAGAUAACUAACUACCUAUUACUAGCGAAUACUUUAUACCUUUUAUAAAAUUGAUCUAUAAAUAGUGUUUUGGAACGAAUUAAUUAAACGUGUUUACAUGAUACAGUC